GGCGGGAGGCUGCGGCGCAGUGCAUCCUGGGUUGGCGUAGCCAUGGCGUCUCGUGUCCUCUGCGCCUGUGUCCGCCGCCUGCCCGCGGCCUUCGCGCCGCUGCCCCGGCUUCCCACGUUGGCCUUGGCGCGGCCGCUCAGCACCACUCUAUGCGCUGAGGGGAUCCGGAGGAGACCCGGGGCUCUGCAGUCCGCCUUGGCGCUCGCGCAGGUGCCUGGAACAGUCACACAUUUGUGCCGCCAGUACAGUGACGCACCCCCACUGACGUUAGACGGAAUCAAGGACCGAGUUCUGUAUGUCUUGAAACUCUAUGAUAAGAUUGAUCCAGAAAAGCUCUCCGUAAAUUCUCAUUUUAUGAAGGACCUGGGCUUAGACAGUUUGGACCAAGUGGAAAUUAUUAUGGCCAUGGAAGACGAAUUUGGGUUUGAAAUUCCUGAUAUAGAUGCAGAGAAGUUAAUGUGUCCACAAGAAAUUGUAGAUUACAUUGCAGAUAAGAAGGAUGUGUAUGAAUAAAGUAUCAGAGCCUUCUUCCUCACUGUGAGGACUCCGGAGGACACGCGAUGGCAUCGUGGCCGACUGACAGUGGUUCUGUUCAACUUGUAUUUAAAUUGUCUGAGUGUUUGCACCCUUUAAAAAUAAAUCUAUUACAAAACUAA